AAACUGUAGAAAUUUAAAGGAAUUAUCUGUCCACAAAAACAGGGCAUAGUUCAUGAGACUAUACUUAUCUAUUCUCCAUCUUCACCUCCCUUGUCUGCUGGUAAUUUUGUGUUGUACAAAACAGAAGCCUGUAACAAAAACUGAAGGAAUUUCCGAAUAAGAAGCCAUGAGAGCUGCAGAUGAUCCUUGGAGAGAAGAAAGAAGCCAGGGCUUGUUAGGCAACUUCUGUAGUAGCUUUUGCAACUCUAUCUCUUCAUGUCUCUACUUGGUUUGUUGUUGCUGGCUCUUACAGGACUGUCUUCCUGGCCUUCGUCGUCCUGCUCACCACAGAAAUCAUCCUCCUGACCCUCCUGGUCAUCAUCCCAGGCCAACUGAUCCUCUUGUUGGUCCUAGUCCUGCUCCUUCUCGUUUUGGGACUCCCGGAGGUCUGCCUGGUGUUGCUAACCCGCUGGCUGGUCCUAUGGGCGGGACUCCCGGAGGUCCGCCUGGUGUUCCUAACCCGCUGGCUGGUCCUCCGGGCGAAGAUCCGGUCAGGUUUGAGCCACCAGGCCCACCUGAACCCCCUGGUCCUCGCCGCUACUGAUCUUUAGGUUUCAAUUAUAUGUUGUGUAUAAGUGCACUGGUAUCAGAAUGUUUCCCGGAACUAAUGCUUCAAUGAAGUGCAAAUGUAUGUACAACUUUCAAUUUACCAAGUUCAUGUGAUGUGCUUGAUUACAUGAAACAGGUAUUGUAAUAAUAAAUUUACACUAAUAAACAGGAACUGUUUCCAA